AUGGCGCCUGCCGCAUCCCGGCUGCUCUUUGCUGCUGCAGCGUUGCUGCUGCUGCUCGAGCAGCAGCAGCAGCCCAGCGGGCGCGCUGCUGCUGCUGCUGCAGCAGAGGAGGAGCACAUGGGGGAGACCCUGGAGGGCGUGGCCCCCCAGGACGCGGAUUACACAGCAGCAGACUGGCAGCAGCAGCAGCACUCCGUUGCUGACGCCAGCAGCAGCAGCACCCCUCUCCGAGAGAUAGGGGAAGAGGAAGCAGCAGCAGAUCCGGAAGCAGCAGAGAUGCCGCCGAUGGAGCCGGAGGCUCACGUCCAAGAGCACUUGUUGGAAGAGCAGCAGCAGCAGCAGCCGGAGCAGCAGCAGCCGCAGCAGCAGCAGCAGCAGCAGCACGAAGAGCAGUACGAGCCUUUGCGCUACUCCGAAGACGAGCAUUACAUGGAGCCGCAGCACCUGCAGCACGAAGAAGUUGAGGAGCGGGAGGAGCAGCAGCUGGAGGAGGAGGUGCAGCAGCAGCAGCUGCAGCAGCAGCACCCGGAGCACUUUGAAGAGGCGCAGCACCACCAGCAGAUGCGGCAGCAGCAGCAGCAGGAAGCAACAGGGCAGCUCUAUGAGGACAACUCCGAAGAGGAUUUGAUUUACGCGCAGCAGGAGCAGCAGCCGGGUGCGUCGGAGCAGCCGCAGCAGCAGCAGCAGCAGCCGCAGCAGCAGGCGUCGUCCGCCGCUGCCGGUGGGGAGGGCGGGCAGCAGCAGCAGCACGACGCUGCUGUGCAUCAGCCGCAGGAGCAGCAGCAGGAGCCCCACGCGCAGCAGCACGCCCCGCAGCAGCCGCACGAGCCGCUGCCUGAGCAGCAGCAGCAGCAGCAGCAGCAGCAGCAGCAGCAGCAGCAGGAGAGUUCUGCUGCAGCGUCUGAGCAGCACCCGCCUCCCCCGCCUCCCCCUGAGCCGGUUUCGGGAGACUCCGAGCCCGGCGCGCCCCCCCCCGCGCAGCAGCAGCAGCAGCAGCAGCAGCAGCAGCAGCAGCAGCAGGACCCGCGCGAGGGGCACUGCAGCGCGGAAGAACUUGCUGCGCUGUCUCGACACUUCGCGGACGGCAGCGCGUGUCCGGCGUUCGGGUGUAUAGACACCGAAAGCAGCAACUACUUGGCGCUGAUAGAGCAGCACUACAAAGAGAAGUUCAGCGCAGCAGCAGCAGCAGCAGCAGCAGGAGUGUUUGCUGCGUGCCACUGCCGCUGCCCCGUGAUGCGCUGCGAAGUCGAGUACGUGUACAGACACUGCAGCAGCGCAUGCAAAGCAGCCACUAAAAACUUCUGUCUUCUUUCCAAUCAAAAGUUUUCCGAAAAGUGUUUUCAAAUUGCAAAACAACUCCCCAAAGUUUACGACAUCGACGCGGACCCCCACGCCUUCAAAACGCCCUGCAGAGUCUGCGAAGAAGAGCUGCCUGAAGAAGAAGCAGCAGCUUUUGUGGAGAUGACGGAAACAGCAGCAACCAUUGAAGGCAGCAGCAGCGCUGCUGCUGCUGCUCCCUUCUUCUCCCUUGCCUGCCUUGCUGCUGCUGCUGCUCUCCUCUUCUAA